UGUGCGCGACUGCGCGUGCAACCCGAGAGAGUGAAGCGCGAGGAUCAGUUGUCAUCUUGCUGUCAGCAGGUUCAGCUAAACUUGUGUUUUCCAUGUCAAGAUUCGUGACAAUUCGGUGUUUUGCCAGAUCUCGACCUCGUGUCCUGGAAUACACGUAAAGAUGGCGAAAAAGAGUAGUUCCAAAAAGUCAUUCAAAAGCUUGUUUUCUAAAAGCGAAGCCAAUUUAACCAACCCGGUGGAGAAAGAUGACAGUGGACGUAAAAUGUUUAAACUCUUCAAAUUCAAGAAAAAGAGGAAACCCAACAAAGAUGAAGAGAAGCAAGUCGUCGCCGGUGCUGCUGAGACCAAUGGAUCUGGUGGUGAUGCCCUGGGGAGGGAUGCUGAGGACUGGCCUGAUGUCAGUCACACCAAGAAGACCAGAUCUCUGACUGCUCCCAGAUCAAAGCACAUUGCCCCCCCUCCCCCUCUCUCACUCACUAUACCUCCCUCUGUCUUUCCGUCUAUCGCUCGCAAACAGGCCAAGGACCUCAGCUACUCAGAGAUGGACCUCCGUGCCAAGCCCAAGAGGUUCGGCACAUUCACCUUUGGCUUGAAGAGGAGGAAGAAAAAGAGUGACGGGGAUCUCUCCCAGAGCAUCGUAGUCCUCCACGGCCCCGAGCCAGAGGUCAAAGGGCAAGAGGAGGAGGAGCUUCUGAACCUCAGCCUCUGGGACAUCGGCCAGGGAGGCACUCUGAACAAGAGGGUAAGGUUCGCUGUGUCUCAGCCUGACCUAAACACUAAGACACUGGUCACCUCUUAUCCUCCUCCCACUGACCCCAAGAAAUCGCAGGCCCAGGAGCCACCGAUGGACAGUCCUAAGACUGCCACCAACCAACCAAAUUCCCAGAUGGAUAACAUUAUUCCUCUUGAAGUGGGCCGGGCUACAAGAAAAGUUCCUUUAGCUAUGCCUGAGGUGGAGUGGAACGAGAUCUCACAGGAAGAGGAGAUCCCGGAUGUUCAGUGUGACAACCCGUAUGGCUCAACAGACCAUACUGACACAGCUUCUCCAAUGGAUGUUGAUAGCUUUAACCGAAGUCCUCCACCUUUCCCACCCAACCCACCUACACCGUCCUAUCCAUCUAGCCCACCCCCCUGCUACCCAUUGAGCCCAGCUACAUCCUUUUCCCCCUUUAGCUCUCCUCCUGCUACAGUUUACACCUCAAACGAGAGUGAUGAAAUGCCCCCCUUACCCAGCGCUGACCCUGUGAAUAGUGGUAUUAUUCAUCCUGUCCUUCCUGUGACUGAACUCUCACUUCGCAAAACUGAGGCCUCUUAUGUUACUCUCUCCAUUGGACAACCUGUUGUUGUUGAAAAUAUCACCACUGUUACCCCUAAUACAGAUCCCUCUCCCAUUGCCUUGGACCCCAAUAUAGAAGCCACUAUUACUGAAACAGACACAACUGACGUUAAAACCGAGACCUUUCCUCUGAACCCUGAUUCUUUGGCUGACAACACUGAGACACCUAUUCUCAACACCGUCGCCCCCGCUCUUAUCACCAUCAACUCUGUUACUGACAUGGACACCAACUCCAUCAAUGAUACCUCUGUCUCCACCACUGAUACAUCUAGGCCUAUGCCUGAAACAGUCACCUCCAUCACCUCUGAAGAGAUCAGCGCUGCUAUUGCUGAUCCUGGCCCCUCUCUCGCUGAAAUGGUCAUCCCCGUUCCAAGCACUGACAAAUCUACACAUGAAAUUCUAGCCUCCAUUGCAAACACUGUCAACUCCAUUACCAACAGUGACAACACUGUCCCCAACACUGACACUUUCUCUGCCAACACGGAGGCAUUUGGAACUCUGUAUGACUCACUACUUCCGCAAAGUUUCACCUCGGAACAAGAAUCUGCCACAUCAGACAAUGACUCUACUGAGGGAUGCCUUGACACCAACCUAACCAUAAUACAUUAUGAAACUAACCCACACCUGUCCUUGGAUAGCCCCUUUGACUCACCAAGUCCCAUUUUACCUGAAUCAGUUAAACAGGAGUCUAAAACUGCCAUUGAUCACACUGAAGCUAGUGUCAGUGACCCCACCCAAUCAUUACAGUCUGCCACUGUCCUCCCUGUCCCCGACAUGGACAUACCUGCCACUGCAGUCUCCAAAAUGGAUACCAGCCACCCUGACACAGACACCACUGCUAAUACUAACCUCACUGUUACUGAUACCGACACUCAACAAGUAUUCGAAGAUCUUUACGACUCUCUUUUUCCUGGAAUGUUCCCCUCACCUCACAUAUCUGGCCACACCGCAUCUGCUCUCAGCAGUUACACUUCUGGCGUUGUGACAUCGGGCGUGAUGAUGGACACUCGAUGCACACCUCCUAAUAUAGACGCUCCUUUUGAGAACAAGCUUCCCCCUGUUCCUCAAACAGACACUGCCCACCCGAGCACAGAUGUCUCCCUCGCUGAGCCCGAGGCCUUUGCGCCUCUGUGCUUUGAGCCUACACUCCCCACAACUGAGCCAAUGGAAAUGGAUGACUUAGAGCCUGAGUGUCCCACCUCAGACUCACCUAUCCCAAAUACCGAUAUCGCUGUCCCUGAUCGUGGCUCUAGUGACACAUGCGACUCUCUCUAUGACUUUCUUUUCCCUGAACGUUUUCCUUCUGACCAGGUGUGCACCAUUUCUGACCCCCACCGUGAUAAACCAGUCUAUGUUACGGACACCGAUUCUGUUCCGCUCCGGCCAGAUUGCAACACUCGACCAAACCUUGUUGAUCAGUCGGAGCCUUUGACCGCAGCUCUUCCAGUUGACCUUGAUACGGAGGACACUGAAAACACGUAUCUCGUCCUUCAUCAUUCUGAUAUGAACAUUGACAACUCUGAUCACAUUCUCUCGGACAAUGUCACCCUCGUUUCUGACAUUCUUAGCGCCAGCCAUCCAAGCACUAAGAAUUCCAGUACUCUUGAAACCACCAUCUCCAUUGAUGCGUCCGUCUCCUCAACAAUAGCAGAGACUAUGGCUACUGAGACAGGUCAAGAAGCAGAAGUGCAGAUUAUGGAAGAGGAAAAUGGACAGAUUGAGCAGAAUAUUACGUCCUAUGAUGUAGACGUAGUCAGGGAAAGAUCAUAUGAUAUGUCCACCAUGGCUACUGAGAAAGUUCAAGAAGCAGAGUUGGAGGUAAUGGAAGAGGCCAACAGCAUAGAUUCUAAUAGACAGAUUAAAGAACAUAUGCCCUGUGAUGCAGACGUUAACAGGGCAAGCUCACAGUGUGUGAUCAUACCAGAGAACAGCAAUGCCAUGGAAGUCACCAUACCAGCGGUCCAUUACAGCAUCCUGGAGGAUUACAUGGAGGAGAGUGGCGUUGAAGAGGUGAAAGCAGAGGAAAUGCAAGGAGCGGGCAAACAACGGAGGAAUGGUAAUGAAACCGUUGAAGCGGGAUGGAGUUUGGGGUCACAGAAAGUAACGGAGGUAAUGUUAGAAACGAAGGAUAGAGGUCAAGAGAAUGAAGUCCACCGAGAAAAGAAGAGACACAUUGAGUCCCCAGAAGACGGCGAUGCAGAGAGGCUGGUGCCGGUGGAGGAGAGAGGAACGAGAGAGGUCUCGGCACUGGUGAAAGAAGGGUGGGAGGAUGGGGUGGAACCAGCCCUACCUGUUCAGCAGGUGCACACACUCAUGGAAUGUGAGUCGCCCGCCCCGCCUUCCAUCACAGAGCAGCAUGGAGAGGAGGAGGGGUCAGGGAGUAACCGGAGUGCAGUUACAAACGCUUACCUGGUAACAGAGGCCUGCGCUGAUACACAUACACUCAGACAGACCCCAGGCCACGAAGAGCCACAGGAGUCUCACAGCGGCGAGAACGAACACGCUGCCACCGGCAACAGAGAGAGACAGGACACACUCGCAACACAUAACACACUCGCACACACCACAGGCCGAGAGGGGAGCAUUUUAGACACACUCACAGCAGAGGAAGUGGACCUAGUCACUCGUACUACUGAGGACGCAUCCUCUUUCUCUGAGCAGAAAGCAAAAGUGAACGCCACUAGCACACAUGGCGAGAACACAUUUUCACUUGACAGAGAAGAGACAACGACAGACACAGAGUCCAGAACGUACACUGUAAAGAUAGAACAUGAAGGGACACUCGGUACUGAGUGGAUAGACAUCAUUGUCACGCAGGAAACAGACCGAGCCAGUUCAGAGCCAGUGCCAGAGCAGGUGGCAGUGAAUCCUCCAGUCACACGAGACACGAUCCUCGACAGACUUCGAAAGAGAGCCAACGGUCUUGCCACUGAGGACACAGAGAGACCCGGUGCAGAGCCAGAGCAGGUGGGAGGGACGCUAUCAGUCACUGCAGAUACACUGCUCAACUCACUGAGGAGCAGAGUCAAAUUCCUCAGCCAGCCCGAAGGGUCUCUGGAUGCUUCAGCUGUUAACAGUACAGCUUUAGAAGACUCUGAGGACUCCGAUUCAGAAAUUCAGCAGAUAGUGGCUGAUCUGGAGUCAGACAGCGAGAUGAAGUCAUACAGUUCCACUCUCACUCUAAGACCCUCUCCCACCCACAAGGGCGUGGACAAAUCAAAACAGGGCUUCCGCAAAGUUUCCCUGGUCACUGACAAUGACACCACAGACCACACUGAAGACAGUGUGGACUACAGAGAAAGCACGAUCAACGAACCGAAUAGAACUGAAAGUGACCUAGGUCCAGUCGCACCAGAAUACAAAUGGAGGAGCCUGUACGAGGGGGUGCAAACUACUUUCAAACCCAAAUGGGAGACCUGGCGCUCUGACUCUCAGUCAGAUGAGUCAAGAGUGUCCACAUACGAUGGACACUACUCUUCCCUCUCCCCCUCCCUCUCUGUGUACACACGACAACUCACCUCUCUCGGGCCGCCAUUCCAAGAACCUGGCUUGUCCUCCCUCUCCUCAGAGACACCCCGUUCCCCUGUCAAUGGCCGCUGGUUGAGUGACAGGAGCGAAGUUCAGUUGACCCGGGAGAGUAGCAAGCCAGAAGCAGGAACAGGCAGGGGGAGUAGGAGGGUGUGGGAGGAGGAGCUAGCCACUGCACCUGCAGGACAGAGAGAGAGAGAGGUAGAGCAAGAGGGGAGGGAGGGAGAGUCCAUGGCAAGGAAGAUAAAGUCAGGCUGUGACUUGCAAUCACUCCCAGUCUCAAACUUCUCCUCGGCGGGUCAGACCAUUGACAACGUGGACUACAGCAGAGGCAGCAGUGACUCCUACUCCGGACAGUACAAGGCCACCCGCGUGGAUCUGCUCCCUUCCCCCUCCUCCUCGGACCCUUCCCCCUCUUCCUCGCCCGUGACCCCUGAGCCGGGCUCCCCCUAUCACUGCGACAUAGAGAGCCUGGUGGACACCCUGAAGAGCAUGAACCCUAACCUUCCCCAGAGGCAGAGGAGGCUGCGUGGGACCACCGCCCCCUCCAUCAUCUCCUCCCUGCCCUCCAUCGAGGAGGACACCCCCAGCUCCAGUCCCACCAAUACCAAAUCUCCCCAGAUGCCCUCUGGGUCUCUGCUGGAGGGCCCCAACAGCCGCUACAACCUGCCAGCAGACCUUGGCCUCAACUGGAGUGCCCCCAAGGAGAUGCAUUCCCCUCUGGAGUUGAUGAAGCUCCAAAAGCAGCAGCAACAGGAGCAGCAGGCUGGAGACCACCAUUGGAACCGUGGAGGCCUCAACCUCCCACUCCGAGCCUCGGCUCUUAGCAGCAUCGUCAUGAGGAAGAGCUCCUUGGGCAGUGACUCUUCCCCAGAGCACUCGCCGUCCCCCCUGCUAAACGGAGGGAGCAGCAACCAGUCUCCAAACCCCUCACGCCUGGACAGAUCCCUCCUCUACUCUAGCUAUCGUUCAGCAUCGAUUGAUCAACCACAGGAGAACGGCAAGGCCCAUAGCCCAGGCCAGCGGCCCUCUCUGUUCCUUACGGGCUCCCUACCGGACAUAGGGCCUAACCAGGACCACAUGAGCUCAGGGCCUGGUAUGGGCAUGGCUGAUGUGUCUGGGAGCGGACUUGGAUUCAAAUCUGGAGUUGGAACCCAAACUGGAACAGGAACUGAUCCUUCAACCCACUUCCGCUACGAACGUUUCUCCUCCCGGAUGUCUGACUCCUUAACCGGAAACAACACAGACACCAACUGUCGAAUGAUGCGGCCCCCUCCCCUCCCUAGCUUCACCUCUACCCGAGAAGGCCUUCUCAGUCCCACAAGCUCAUCUCUGGACAUCUACAGGUCUUUCGCCAAUGCUAAUGAGUCCGCAUUAAAGCUCAGCCCGGGGCUGGGUGGUAUGAGUUCCAAUGGCAACAUGGGCUCUGUGGGCUCUAUUGGUCUGGGUCUGCAGAGGAACUUCAGUAACGAAGGCCUGAACUCACCACUGUUCAACAUGGGAUCCCCCCAUGGAGGGUCCCCCGAUGGAGGAUCUCACUUCAGUCCAGAGGCUGAGAAGAACCUGUUGCCCAAGUACAGGGCUUUCCCUGACGCCUAUCUCACCAAGGAGAAAGAACAUGGAAAGCUCAACCCUCGACCAGGAAAGAUGUUCAUCUUUGACCGGCCAGGGAUGUGUGGCCAGAGGAUGGAGGUGUGGAGUGAUGUAGUUGAUGCCACACCCUGGCAACUGCAGGAAACCAUCUCUAUCAGAGUUGUCAGAGGAGGCUGGGUCUUGUACGAGAAGCCCAACUUCAAAGGGGAGAAGAUCGCUCUGGACGAGGGGGACAUAGAGCUCACCUACCCCUUCGACCCCCCUGAGGAGGUAGAGGGACAACAACCGCAGAAUGGAGAGGACAGCCAGAAGGAGGGGGGAGAAGAAGUGUUGGCGGCCAAGCCGGCCAGGAGGUUCAUCAUAGGAUCAGUACGAAGGGUAGUCAGGGACUACAGUGUGCCAGAGAUCAGUCUGUUCCCUGAGGAGAAUGCCGAGGGGAAGAAGGUGACCUUCAGAGACACGUCAGAGGACGCCAGGAUAUUCGGCUUCCCCAUCAAAGCCAACUCCAUCAUCAUCAACGCUGGACUAUGGCUGGUAUAUGCUCAGCCUUUCUUCCAGGGCAUACCACGUGUUCUGGAGGUGGGGGGGUUCCCCAACCCUGCAGCCUGGGGUGUGGAACAACCUUACGUGGGCUCCGUGCACCCUCUCAAAAUCGGUGAACCAAGAGUGGAGAAACCUGGUGAGCCCAAGCUGGUGCUCUAUGAAAAGCCCUACUUCACUGGGAAGACAAGGACAAUCUACACCAACAUGAGAGACUUCAUGACCAGGAAGGAUAGACAGCAGACUGCCUUCAUAUACAGCCCUGGAUCCAUCAAAGUACAGGGAGGGUGCUGGGUGGGCUAUGAGAAGGAGGGUUUCCGAGGUCAUCAGUAUAUGUUGGAGGAGGGAGAGUACCAUGACUGGAGGGUGUGGGGGGGCUGCGAUGCCGAGCUGCGCUCUGUCAGAGUCAUUCGAGCGGACCUGACCGAGCCCAUGUUGGUGUUGUAUGAGCAGCCCGACGUGGAGCAGGACAACACCUUUGAGGUGACCGAGGCCAUUCCUGACGUGGAGCAGGACAACACCUUUGAGGUGACCGAGGCCAUUCCCGACGUGGAGCUGUUUGGCUUCCGCACCACCACGCGCUCCAUCCACGUCGUCAGUGGAGCAUGGAUCGCUUACUCUCACGUGGACUUCUCUGGUGACCAGUACAUCCUGGAGAAAGGUUUCUACAGUAACUCUGCUGACUGGGGCUCUUCAGACAACCGCAUCUGCUCUGUCCAGCCCAUCUUACAGGCUCCAAGUGAAAACCAGGGCAGCGUCAGAAGUGAGGUGAUGUUGUACACAGAGCCAGAUUUCGAGGGGGAAUGCCAUGUGUGUGACAAGAACCAGGAGUCCCUCUCUGACAAGCUCAUCGCCAAGUCCUGCAGAGUGGUGGGGGGAAGUUGGGUGGUGUACGAGGGCCGUGAGUAUUCAGGGAACCUGUACAUUCUGUCAGAAGGAGACUACCCCAACUUCACCAGCAUGGGCUGUCCUCCGAACUGUGUCAUACGCUCGCUGAAGACUAUCCCGCUGGUGUUCUCAGUGCCCUCCGUCUCGCUGUUUGGUCUGGAGUGUUUGGAGGGCAGGGAGAUCACAGUGGACACAGAGGUGGUCAAUAUGCUGGAGGAGGGCUACAACAACCAUCUACUCUCUGUCAGAGUCAACCGAGGCUGCUGGGUGAUGUGUGAGCACAGUAACUACAGGGGGCGACAGUUCCUAUUAGAACCCAUUGAAAUCACCAACUGGCCCAAAUUCAGUCAGCUUCUCACCAUUGGCUCAAUGUACCCAGUACGGCAGAGGCGGCACUUCUUCCGCAUCAAAAGCAAAGAGCGAGGUCACUUCCUGUCCAUCCAGGGUGGCGUAGAGGAAAUGAAGUCGGGACGUGUUGUGGUGACCGAGCAGGUGGAGGGCAUGAGCGACAUCUGGUUCUACCAGGAAGGCCUCAUCAAGAACAAGUUGGCUCCUACUAUGAGCCUGCAGGUAAUGGGGAACGUGGAGGCGGGGGCGAAGGUGGUGCUGUGGUCAGAGACCCGGCAGCCUGUCCAGACCUGGUCAGCCCAGAUGAGAGGCACCAUCCCCAGCCUCACCUUCCCUGGCAUGGUGUUGGACAUCAAGGGUGGCAAGCAGUACGACAGAGACCAUGUGGUGAUUUUACCAGAGAGUGAGGAGAGGCCUUGCCAACAGUGGGAGCUGGAGCUGCUGUAACCUUCCAAUAACCUUCCCUCAACCCACACCCUUCACCCGCUCCUCCAAUACAAUACAUUCCAAUAUCCCCAACCCCUCAGAACUUCUGCUCUUCAGUCUGUGGACUGAAGCACCGCAGUAAGCACCGCAGACUGAACCUUGUGUCAUCAUGGUCAGGCACUGUCAAGAGGAUCCCAGAACAUCUUCAUUACAGUUAAAGGGUUUCUUUCAUUCUGUGAAGAAUCAUAUGAGGGUUAUAAUUUUUUUGCCUGAAUGUGAGGACAGCAGCAUACGAAUGACUCAUCUAACAACCAGUGCCUUUGGAUGUAGUCAACUGGAGAGUAUGGGAAGGGUAGUGCUUCUUUUCCCCUCCCUUAAAUGUGUGUAUUUGAAUUAUUCUAUUAACAGACAUUCUACCCUCUCAGAUUCUUCCUUGACUUCGAUGGUAUGACCCGGCUUAGCACACACAGUGGUGGACAGAACCAUUCACUUGAACCCACUAAUGAUUAUUGGGAAGGUCAAGUUCCAUCUACCAUAUGAUACAUCACCUUUGGCUACAAGCAGUGUAUUUAAGAGGGUUUCAUAAAGGAAGCCAAAUCUAUGCACAUUAUUUUCUGAAUUGGCUUAGUUCAACAUUUUGUUUGACUAUGUAAUGUACUACCUUUUGGGAAACCAUUGGAUGGGAAGUGUGUUCUUUAGGCAGUAUAAUACAUACAAUAAUGUAUGAUGCAGUGCAAUGACUCUGUGGGCUUUUAUGCAGUUCCUCUCUAAUGCUACAGUGUGUUCUUCUAUUUCACUAUGGUCUCUCUAUUUUCAUAGAUAUGAAGCAUACAUUGCCAAACACUGUCAAAAUACAGGUUACUUUCUUAUUUUUAUAUUUAACACCAAAUGCCUUGCACCUCAAUGCAUUAUUCUUUGAUACCAAAAAUAGAAUGUGAAAAGAAAUGAGUGGUUUUAAAAUAUUAAAUAAAACUAUCAAAAAUGAAA